AAAAAAAAACACGAGACUGCUAGCGCCCAAGGACCCAUCGUGUAAUAUUACGUGUCCCUCAUACCUGUCAUAUUGAAAAAGCCGCCGACACUAACAAAAAAGGGUUUUCUCUCCCUCUCUCAACAUAAAUGUACAAUUCGUAUUAGCAGCCACACAACAAAAAUGACUAUACCACAGCCCCCGGAAGAAACCCCAAUCACUAUCAUCGGGGCCGGCCCCGUCGGCAUGUUCCUCGCCUACCAACUCUCUCGCCUAAAUGUCCCGUGCCUCCUCGCAGAACAAAGCUUGGAGACCACCAAAUGGCCGAAAAUGGACCUGACAAACCCCCGGGUUAUGGAGAUGUUGCGGGUUCUUGGUCUUGCGGAUGAGUACCGGGGUAUUGAGGGGAGUGUUGGGGAAGAUAUGUAUUUUGACUCGUUUUUUGUUACGAGGGCGAUGGGGGAUGGGAAGUUAUUAGGUUCUUGGAAACGACCAGCAGUCAAGGAACAGCGGAGAUAUAUCCAGCAAACGAAUGACGGCAGUCAGCCUGCAGAACCAGGUCAUAGAUGCAUGCAGAUUAUUGUCGAAGCCUGGAUGAAGGAGCUUAUCCUGACCAAAACUCAAGUACAGAGUAGAUUUGGUUGGAAGUAUCUGUCCCAUGUUGAAGAUGGAAAUGGUGUCGUUACGACUUUCGUCGAUACAGAUGGACAGACGCACACUGUUCGCAGUAAAUACCUCAUCGGUUGUGAUGGAGGCAGUAGCAGAGUGAGAAAGACAGCUGGGAUUAAGAUGAUCGGCGGGCAGAUGCCAGCUCGCUUCUACCUUGUCCACUUUCGCUCCCAGGAACUCGCAGAAAAGCUCACCUUCGGCCGUUCCUGGCACACCUUUCCCAUCCAUUCCGGCUUCAUUAUUGACCAAGAUGGCAAGGAUACCUUUACUGCGCAUUACCCAGUGAACAAGCUGCCUUCGGGUACCAAAAUCGACCCCCGUGAAGUAGUCUACCGCACUCUGGACGGUGAGGUCAAAAUCGAUGAGGUGCUUGUGCACAGCGAGUGGACACCAAACUUCAGUAUAGCGGAGAAGUAUCACACAGACAGUCUGAAGGUCCUCCUUGCCGGCGAUGCAGCGCACAGAUCACCACCGCCUGGCGGGUACGGGAUGAACACCGGUGUUCUGGACGCUUUUGAUCUUAGCUGGAGGCUUGCAGCACUCUAUAAGGGAUAUGGGGGUGAGCUUCUUCUGCGAGCGUAUAACCUCGAGCGGAGGCCGAUGAUGACUCGUGCUUUGGAACGCUCCCUGCGCCAUUUACUCGAGCAUGUUCGACUCGGAGAGAUGUAUUCAAAGAGUGCAGACGUACUCGAGACCGAUACACCAGCGGGCGAGGAAGCUCGUGCCCAGAUAAAGCAGUUUAUUGAUGACUCCGGGCCUGAUACGAUAGACCUGGGGAUCGAGCUUGACCUGCGGUACUACGAGCAUUCUCCCCUGGUAUACCAUGACGGCUCAGACGAGCAUGAAUGGGAUGUGCAACGGUAUAUCCCCAGUACCAGGCCCGGAUGUCGGGCACCGCAUGUUUUCCUGAAAGAUGGGGAGACUAGUACUUAUGAUCUCUUCGGGAAAGGUCCGGAGUGGACGCUCAUCCAUUUCAUCAACGGUGACAACCCUAACCAAGAAGAACGUGCAAGCGGGGCUUUUACGACUGUCUCCAUGGACAUGAACUUCCCUUUGAAACGGGUCUUUCUCCGUAAUGAGGAGCAUGUCUAUCGCAUCUAUGAAGGAAGGGAUAUGGUGCUUGUUCGUCCGGACACGCACGUUGCCUGGCGGAGACAGAACCAGACGACCCCGGACUAUGACCAGGUUGAGGAGAUUCUACGCGUGGUGUCGGGACAGAUGGAGUCUCCGGGAUUUGUGCCUGGGCCUGGGAAUGUUGAUGAAAACUUCAGGGGGCUUGUUGCUGGGUUCACGGAUAUGCAUAGCGGGAACAGUGCAACGAAUACUACGAUUGUUGGGGAGUGAGCAGUACUGAGUAGAAUAGAAUAAUACAG